GCUUAAGCAGCACGCGGCGCCGGAGGCAGGAGCUGUUUUUCCUUUUAGAACUACUGUAUUCGCGGAGUGUUAAAGAAAAGCGACUACUUUUCCCAGCAAGCUCUGCGGAAGAAAGUCCCGGCCUGGGCUGCUAACCGAGGCUAUAUAAGCCCCUCGGGCGGCGCGGGUUUCAGACAUUUGCCGGUGGCUGUCGUGGUUGCGAAGCUGGCGGUGGCUCUUUUCCUGACGCUGCAGCGCGCCCUUGUUGUUCCCGUUUAUUCUCCCUUACAACGAGCUCCUUUCCGAUGAGGCCGAACGAGGCGUCCGAGGCGCCCGCUUUGGCGGCGCGCCUGGAGGAGCUGAAGCGCCGGGCGGCCGAGUGCAUCGAGGCGUCGUCGGAGCGGCUGGCCGAGCUGAGCCGCGAGAUCUGGAGCCGGCCGGAGCUGGCUUACGAGGAGCGCCAGGCUCACGACGCCCUCGCCCGCUUCUUCGCCGGCCUGGCCCCGGGGUCCUCGCCGGCCGGCGCUUGGCUGGUGCAGCGCAGCUACAAGCUGGAGACGGCCUUGCGGGCGGACUGGCAGUGGGGCGGCGAGGGAGACGCCGCGGGGGCUGCUCCUGCCGCCGCCGCCGUCGAGGACGGGCAGAAGGCGCCCCUCCGGCUGGGCUUCUUGUGCGAGUACGACGCCCUGCCGGGCAUCGGCCACGCCUGCGGCCACAACCUCAUCGCCGAAGUGGGCGCCGCCGCCGCGCUGGGCCUGAAGGGCGCCCUGGAGAGCCUCCGCCCGAGCGGAGCCGCCGACGGACUGUCCCGCCACGUCCCCGCCGUCAAGGUCACCGUGUUGGGCACCCCUGCUGAAGAAGAUGGAGGAGGCAAAAUUGACUUGAUCAAAGCCGGAGCUUUCGAUGGUCUGGACGUUGUUUUCAUGGCCCAUCCGUCCCAAGAAGAUGCAGCGUAUUUGCCCGACGUAGCAGAACAUGAUGUGACUGUGAAAUACUAUGGAAAAGCUUCUCAUGCUGCUGCUUACCCUUGGGAAGGAGUAAAUGCAUUAGAUGCUGCUGUUCUUGCAUACAACAAUCUGUCAGUUUUAAGGCAGCAAAUGAAACCAACAUGGAGAGUUCAUGGUAUAAUAAAGAAUGGAGGUGUGAAACCUAAUAUCAUCCCUUCUUAUGCUGAAUUAGAAUUUUACUUGCGUGCUCCUUCGUUAAAAGAACUCUCCAUCCUGACAGAAAAAGCAGAGAACUGCUUUAAAUCUGCAGCCCUGGCCACAGGGUGUGAAAUGGAAUUAAAAGGUGGUGCAAAUGAUUACUACAAUGUACUUCCUAACAAGAGCCUGGAAAAAGCUUACAUUGAGAAUGGGAAGAAACUUGGCAUGGAGUUCAUCCCAGAAGAUAGCUUGACUGGGCUGUCAGGUUCUACUGAUUUUGGGAAUGUUACCUUUGUGGUUCCUGGGAUUCAUCCUUAUUUUUAUAUUGGGUCUGAUGCACUAAACCAUACUGAGCAGUACACAACAGCUGCAGGGUCGGAAGAAGCUCAGUUCUAUGCCUUGCGAACGGCGAAAGCUUUGGCAAUGACUGCUUUGGAUGUUAUUUUCAAGCCAGAUCUGCUGGAAAAAGUCAGAGAAGACUUCAGACUGGUGAAACUCAAAGAGGAAGGUUACUUGAAUAUCCCUGAAAAUGGAAAGGUGUCUGGUCUUGGUAUCGGAGCAGCAUGUGCAUCACGUUGAAAUAGUACAGCAUAUUACAAAUCUAAACACGAAAGAACGUCAAGAUUUUUUUCCCUUGGAAUUCUAGGAAAUGUUUAAUAGCUGGAAAGAUGCUUGAUAUUUUAAGUGGUGCAACUAAGCGACCUCAGAGUACUUUUAAAAUAUUGCUAUUGUCUGAUAUCAUGUAGUGGUCUUAAUUUGGCAGACAAAAUGAGUGAUUUCUCUGCAGUGAUUGAAAAUGUGCUGAAUAUUGCAGCUUUGCAUACUUUUGGAAAAACUUUUUAAAUGCUAUUUACUCUGGUUGGAAAGGAAUGUUGGGUUGUCUUCAUAGCAGCUGUUCUCUUGCCAAGGACUAGUGAGAGGUGUUGCAUGUUUAGCUUAUUGUAUGCAGAACCAAAUGCAAUCCACCAGGACAGGCUUAGUAUGCUUCAUAAAUCUAUAUGUAUUUGAACUGAAGAUACCAAAGGUUAAGUGAUGUGCCUAGACUUUCACAUUAGAAUGGUUUUUCACUCAGUAUCUCACGGUCUUUGGUAUCUCAACACUUGAACAUACCACACUUUCCUCUUUUGGCCAUCUAAAUUUUUCUAGAAGGACUAUCCUUGUAAUCACUUGAUGUUUAUAGGUGGGCUCCUGACCUCUUGUUCUGCACAAUUUCCAAACGCUGUGUAUCCUUUAGUAGUUUUGUGCAUAGUAUAGAAUUAUACAGCAUACAGAUACACCAGAAGAAAAUAACUUGUAUGAAAAUGAGUGUCCAGGAAUAAGUUUUAAAAUGAAACCCAAAACUGAGUUUCUUGUGAAAAGUCUUCCUAUUUGACACAAAUUAAGCAAUCACAUUGAAGGAGAAGUUAAAACAGUAGGUAGGGGGUUUGUUUGUUUUUAAGGGUACUGUGCAGAAUCAAAGAAAUACUUGUGCAAACCUGGUACAUGAACCUUGCUUUACUGUCUUAUUUAUGCAUAGCUGCAUUUUGAAAAUGAAUGGCUCCAGUCCAUUAAUGUAGCUGCUGUACAAAGUAGAUUGGUAGAACUUGUUAUGUUUCACAUUCAUUUUCCUUUCUGAAAUAGAAUUGUCUAUAAUUUUGUCAGUUUCGCCACCAGUUACUCCCCAGGACCCAA